AUGACCAGUUGUCCUCGGCCUAAUUGCAUUGUAACAGAUCGAGAUUUGGGUUUAAUGAAAGCAGUGGCCAAUGUGUAUCCAUCGAGUCAUCACUUGCUGUGUCGGUGGCAUGUGAACAAGAAUAUAGUGGCCAAUUGUAAGAAAUUGUUCCCAAAGGACAUCACCAAAUGGAAGCAAUUUCAGUCGAGUUUUUCGGCUCUUAUUGAAAGAAAUACCAUAGAGGAGUUCAAUGAGGAUUGGGAGGAUUUGAAAAGAACAUUUAUUGGUUAUCUCCCGGCUAUAGAGUAUGUAGCUAAUUCAUGGUUGGAUCCGUACAAGGAGAGACUUGUAUCGGUGUGGACAAAUAAGUAUACUCAUUUUGGAACGUACACUUCUAAUAGGGUGGAGGGGGCACACGGACGAAUGAAAAGGGAUGUGCGUAAUUCAACUGGCACAUUUGUGGAUUUGUAUACGAAAGUCCACAAUCAAAUUGUCGAACAACACAAUGACAUCAAGGCUUCCUUUGAAGUAAGUAAAAAUACUUACGAGCACAGUUUCAAAACGUUGAUAUACAAUGAGCUUCGUGGAAGUAUCUCAAAAUACGCUCUGCAACUACUCAAAGUUGAGGUGGACAAUGCGAAACUAUUGCAACCGAGCGAUAUGGGUUGUAGUUGCGCCAUCCGAACAACCCACAGUCUACCAUGUCGCCAUGAACUUCAUGAGUAUGUUGUUGUGAACAAAUGUCCUAUCCCACUUGAGUUAAUAGGCUCGUAUUGGAAACACAUGAGUAUGGAGCCCGUCGCGACCACAGGCCAAGUCAUCCUACCAACCAUCGACGAAGAAUUAUCGGAAUACCAGAAGCUCUUUGAAUGUGCCGAUCUCGAUGCAAAAACUCGAUUGCGCAACCAUUUGAGACAUUUUACCCACCCAGAGAAGACUAACCUUACGGAGCCAAGUGAAAAAGUUGUUAGCAAAGGUCGACCGGCAAAAAGUAGGAAAGACAAAUCAAGCACUCGGGACAAAUCACAUUUUGAGUAUGUGGAGCCAAAGAAAAAAAAAUCGAAGCAAGCUAGUUGUUCUCCAAAGCUUAUACCUGUACUGAUGAGAUUACGAGGGCAUUCGAAUGAUUCUUUCAACACUAUACCAACUCAAGAGUCAGGAAAAAGCACUAUACCGACACAAGAGUCGGUCAAACCAUUAUUUGAAGAUGCAGAUGUGGGAUUGCCACCAGGUUUGAUCGGCAAGAAUAAGUACAUUGACACGAUCCAUCCACGAUUUCGUAUGCACGUUCGAGAAAUCAUCAAUGUCGGUUCAGAUGGACACUGUGGAUUUCGGGCAGUUGCCUCUAUGAUGGGAUUUGGAGAAGAUGAAUGGGGUCGAGUGCGAGAUGACAUGCUACGGGAGUUGACUUCUAAUUUUUCCACUUACACGACCAUGCACCGUGGCGAAGAAACCGUUAGAAGCAUGCAAGCUAUUGUGAGUAACUGGGAUGUUCCUGCAACUCGUGAUCAUUGGAUGUCUUUGCCAAAUAUGGGUCAUGUAAUUGCUUCAACAUACAAUAUUGUGCUUGUCUACUUAUCCAAGUAUCAGUGUCUCACGUUCCUUCCCCUAUUGAGCGAUCCAAAGCUUUUCAGCGAGAGGCAAGAGCACGGUAUGGCAUUCGUCGACAACUGUCACUUCGUGCAUGUUGUAUUGAACAAGAAUUGUCCAAUACCUCCUAUCGCCGAUUAUUGGUACCGGUGUCAUGAUCCUAAAGCUGAUGGUUGGAAGCCUGCAGAAAUGGAUGGUCGGAUUACAGCAUUUCGAGAAUUAAUAGGUCAAAAUGUUGCCACGCGAGAGAGUUUCGAGAUUAUUACUAUAUCAGACAAUGGUGAUAGUUCUCCCAACAUAAAUAUGUAA